AUGAAUGUAACCCAACAGAAGCCACAACUGGGUCAUCAGCAACAACAACAGCAACAAUCUGCUCCUCCGCCUCCACAACAACAAGUAGUCCCCAUGGAAGAAAAACAACAGCUAACCCAACGUCAACAGCAGGCCCAAUCCAUCCAGGAAGUAUUUGAUAAAAACAAUGCGGAGGCUUGGUUGGCCAUUGGCUCGUACGCUGAGACUUUAGACGAUGCAGACAAGUCGUUCCAAGCAUACAACAAUGUUUUGAAGUUUGCACCAAAUGACCCUAAGGCACUGACUAUGCUUGCCAAUCUAUAUCGUUCUAGAGACAUGUUUGGAAAAGCAGCUGAACUGUUUCAACGUGCUUUGCACAUUCAACCUGAUAACGGUGAGACUUGGGGAUUAUUGGGCCACUGCUAUCUAAUGUUGGAUGACCUUCCUGGUGCUUACACGGCUUAUCAAGAAGCGUUGCGGAGACUGCAGAACACUAAUGCUCCGAAGUUGUGGCAUGGAAUUGGUAUUCUUUAUGAUCGAUAUGGCUCAUUGGAGUAUGCUGAAGAAUCUUUCACACGUGUUCUUCAAAUGGAUCCUAACUUCGAAAAAGCAUCAGAGAUUUAUUUCCGCUUGGGCAUCAUUUAUAAGCAUCAGGGAAAACUCCAGCAAGCACUAGAGUGUUUUCGGUACAUUCUACCGGUUCCCCCUUCUCCGUUGACUCAACCAGACGUAUGGUUUCAAAUUGGUGCUGUAUUAGAACAACAGCAUGAUUUCAAUGGAGCUCGCGAUGCCUACGAGCGUGUUCUACAGGCUAAUCCACGUCAUGCUAAGGUUCUGCAACAACUGGGAUGUCUUUAUGCUCAACAGGAGGCUUCAUUUGCUGAUCUUGAUGCUGCUUUGCGGCUUUUAGCUCAAGCUUUGGAGCUUGAUAACUCUGAUGCCCAAACCUGGUACCAAUUGGGUAGGGUACAUAUGUCUCGUGGUGAUUACACUAGUGCUUAUGAUGCGUAUCAACAGGCUGUAAAUAGAGAUGCUCGGAAUCCAACAUUCUGGUGUUCUAUUGGAGUUCUCUACUAUCAAAUUUCACAAUAUAGAGAUGCUUUGGAUGCGUACACGCGAGCAAUAAGGCUCAAUCCAUACAUCUCAGAAGUAUGGUAUGAUCUAGGUACACUGUACGAGACUUGCAACAACCAAAUAAGUGAUGCUUUAGACGCGUACAAACAGGCUGCAACAUUGGACCCUAAUAAUCCUCACAUUCAAGAGAGGUUAAACCAACUUAUCAAGUAUCAGAAGGAAGGUGGUGCUAAUCAAGGAGUGCCGUUACCUCCACCAACGCAGCACCAACCAAGACUACCUCAAGGUAUGAUUCCGACCGCUUCAGAGUCCAGUCAACAACUUGUAGGACAGAACGGAAACUCUUUGAGGCCACCUUCGUUUCCAAGUAACACAUUUCCUCCCCCAAUUCAACAACAACCGCAACAACAGCAGCAGCAACAACAGACAACGGAACCUCCUAACAAUAAUCUUCCACCCCUGCCCUAUGCAAUUCCAAAUCGAUCGGCCGAAGCUGUGCAAGACCAAGUAUCUAGUCCCUCGAUCCCCAGUAAGCGACUUACAGAUGAAGAUGAGAUCCCCGGCAGAAAGGAGAAGAAAACCGACAUCACAGAAGACGUCAAUGUCAAGACUAUAUCGGAAAACCCGGACGAAAUUCAACAGUCCGAUACUCCAGACAUUGCUGCUUCGGCAACUUCUGAUAUUCAAGGAAAUAUCAGUCCCUAUUCGUCAAAGAAUAGUGUUUUGAAGCCAAUGGAGAAGGAAGAGGAAGAAUUCAAGGAAGAAGUUUCUCAAGAGAAGUCUGCAAAAGUAUCUGGCGUUGCCGAAGUAGUGGAAGCUCCGCUGAGAAAUGUGAAGGAAGAUGAAGAUUACGAUGAUGAAGACGAUAACAAUGAAGAAACAACUAACCAGGAAGAGAGAAGACAAUCCGGUAGCGAAGACAAUAAGAAUGGUAAUGGGAACGACAAGAGUGAAACUGAAGAAACCCUUGAUAUGAGCCGCAGCAUUCAUGAGCAAAAGAAGCCAGAGGUCAAUAAGUUAGACGACGAAAAGGAAUCAUCGCCAAAUGCUGAUGAAAAGAAAAAUUCAGUUGUUGACGUAGAUGCUAUUGAUGAAGGAGACAGUGGGAAUCAGUCCGAGAAUAUGCCUAAUCAUAAAGAUCGGAACCGCGACCAAGACCAAGACCUAGACCAAGACCAAGACCAAAACGAGCACAAGCAACAAUUCGAAAGUGGAUCCCAAUAUGGAAAGCAAAACCCGGAAGAAGCUCAACUGGAAACCAAAUCAACAACUGGCCCGGUAUCAAGUUCUACUGAAAUCGGCAAAGAAAAUAAGGUGCAAAAUUUGGUUCCUGAAAACGAAACACCGUCAAUCAGCAACUCUCGUGCCUAA